GCUGCAGGGAGCGGGGGGGGGGGAGCCCGGAAAAGGCAGCGGCUUCCUGCUCCCGCCCCCCCGGUCCCGCCGCCGGAGCCGAGCGCAGCGGAGCGGCCUGACCUGCCCGGUCCCGGUCCCGGUCCCGGUGCGGAGCGAGGGGCCGCCCAGCGGAGCCGCCUUUCCGGCUGAGGGAGGGGGCGCACCGAGGAACCCAGGCGUCCGGGCCCUGCAGCCCCAGGGAGGAGGGGGAUUUGCAGCUUGUGGCCUCAUCUUGGCAUCACCUGGAAGCAGGUGGGUCCCCCCAGAGCUGGCAGCUGGGACCUCCCUAAGGGCAGGAUGGAGCCGGACAAGCCAUACAACGGGGGCCCGGCACCAGGUGCCCAUAGUGGGUCCAGCGUGGCCAUCAUCGGGGCGGAGGACGAGGAUUUUGAGAACGACAUCGAGCCGACGCUGGAGGACCAGAGCAGCCCCUUCCAGAGCAUGUGGCUGGUGAAGCAGCACCCGGCCUAUCUCAUGGCCUUCCUCCAGCACGUGGUCCUGCAGUUCGACUCCUGCCCCCUGCUCUGCUACCUCCACGUGGAUCUGAUCCGCAGCAUGAGCCCCAAGGAGGGCAAGAAAGUCUUCCUGGAUUUCUGCCACACGUUCCUGGACAAGGCGGGGCUCCUGCGUGUCCCCGUCCCACCGACGGUGCAGUUUGAACUGGACCGGAGCCGCCCGGAGCUGCUCUCGGAUGACACCCUGCAAGAGUUCCUGAACCAGAUCCAGAACUUCCAGGAGCCCGACAUCUCGCGGCAGCUCGAGGAUUUCAGGUCGAAGCGGAUGAUGGGCAUGACGCCGGGCGAGCAGGAGCUGGUGGAGCUGGAGUCGUAUCACACCCGGGACCGCGGGAUCCGCGAGGCCAAGGAGAAGCAGGUGGCCGAGCUGCUGCUGGCCCGGCUGGACGAGAUGCACCCCACGAUCUCCGCCGACGAGGAAAAAAGCUCCGCGAUUUUCGCCGCCAUCGUGACCUACAUGAAGCACCUGGGGGUUAAAACCAAACUGGGCGAGAGCAAGAAAUCGAAAGGGAAUUUCUUCCGCAAGAAGAUCUCGGGCAGCCGGAGGCCUGAGGAGCCCCCCAAGUCGAGGAAGGGGUUCAGCCUGUUGGACGCCACGCGCUGGAACCGCGGGGAGUCGCACAAUUCCGAGUUCAGACAAAGCAAAGUCCCCGAGGGUGAAGCGGAGAAGGCCGCGGCCCCGGAACGGAAGGGUCUCAAGUUGUUGGAGCGCAGCGAGAGCCGGGCCAAGGGGGCCGCAUCAGGGACCCCAGGGCUUGACCCCCCUGGUGUUUCUGUGACCGUGAACCCCCCUCCGGAGGAGGGGACUGAUGGGGAGCUGGGGUUGGAGCCCCAGUAUCCGGUGGAGCCGGGGGAGGCCCCCCACAGCGAGCAGCCCCCGGAGGACAGUGCUGAGAACGAGAGAAAAUGGAAAAGGUCGGUGACCCCCCUGAAGCCCCCCAGUUUGCAUGUGUGUGGGGACAGGCUGGUUCCGCGGGGAGAAUAAUUUAGAAACACCCACGGGCUGAGCUAAGUACCCGGUUCUUACCCUGCCGGGCCCCCCAGCACCCUCCACAGCUGGGGCAUCGGGCCAGCCCUGGCUGGCAGGGAGAGCGCCCCGUACUGCCCCCCACAGUGCCCCCCUACUGCUGGGGAGAGCAGCCCCCUAGCGCUGCCCUGGGGCAUCGGGCCAGCCCUGACUGGCAUGGAGAGCGCCCCCUACCGCCCCCCACAGUGCCCCCCUACUGCUGGGGAGAGCAGCCCCCUAGCGCUGCCCUGGGGCAUCGGGCCAGCCCUGACUGGCAGGGAGAGCGCCCCCUACCGCCCCCCACAG